UGAAGCAUGUGAAAUAACUCAGCGAGUAAUUCUGUUUCUAAUUAGAAAAGGUCCCUUCGCAUGUAUGUGUUCUUAACACGUUUCCAUUAUUUUACAUUUUCCCAGAUUCUACUUUUUUUCCCACGGUCCCUUGAAAAACCAGGUCCUCCUGUAUUUGUCAAUUCUAUAUAACGCAGAUACAAAGGCAUAUACAGAAUGCUGCAAUGGCGACCCUUCUAUUUAUAUUGCCUCCUAUAAGGCUGACUGCGUGUAAUUAGACCAUUCCUAUUACAACAGUAAAUCGAUAAACUGAGAAACUACAUAUCCCGAAAAGCCUCGGGCAAAGCCACACCUCCUCCUGUUCUAAACGAUUGACAUACAGAUAAACCAAUCAAUAAAGGAACACUCUUCUCUUUAGCCUAUCAGUGCUAAAAGAAGCGAGAAUGACACAGUUGCCAGGCAGUGAGGCCCCGGAAGUGGAUAUUUUGGAUGGUGCAGGGCAACGCAGGAAGCGUCCCUGGAAGCGGGGCAGUUAGAGUGAAGAAGCUGGGUUUUGUUUCUUCUACCUCUACCUGUUUGUUAAACCUCUGAUAUGAUGGCAACUUCCGCAAUCCGUAUUGGAGACCAGCUAAUUUUGGAAGAAGAUUAUGAUGAGAAUUAUAUUCCUCAGGAAAAUGAAAUUCAAGAAUAUGCAAGAGUGAUUGGAAUUGACCCAGAUUCAGAGCCUGAACUUAUGUGGUUAGCCCGGGAGGGCAUUGUGGCACCAUUAGCUGCAGCUUGGAAGCCAUGCCAAGACAUUACGGGGGAUAUAUAUUACUUCAACUUUUCAACUGGUCAGUCCACUUGGGAACACCCGAAUGAUGAUCAUUAUCGAGAGCUUGUGAUACAGGAGCGAGAAAAGCUCCUCAUGCAGGGUGGAGGCAAGAAAAAGGAAAAAAAGAAGAAAAAAGAGAAAAAGAAAGAUAAGAAAGCAAAGGAGUUGCCAAAGCCAACCCCAUCAUUGGGAUCUCCCCUUGGACCUGUGCAAGUAUCUCUAGGUAGUCUUGCUCCUCUACGUGGGCUUGGUGAGCCAGGAGGUAGUGGAACUACACUUGGUUCACUGAGUAGCAGCGCUGGAAGCUCAGGGGGCUUUGAUUCUCUUUUGGGUGGCACAGCUGGGCAGCCACGUAAAUCUGCACCCUUUAUGAAGAGUAGUGCAGUUAGAAGGUCUGAUGAGAGAGUUAGCUUGACUCUGCCAGGUUUGGAUGAGGAAGAAGAAGAUGAUGGGGAGCAUGAAAGUGAAUAUCUGAGCCCUCGUGGAUCUGCCCGUUUACUCAAAAACCUGCACAUGGACAUUGGAGCUUUGGGAGGUGGCUUUGAGUAUGAGGAGAGUCAGCGGGUUGAGGAAUCUCCCGCAGCCAGUCACACAGAUGAUGGCUCUGAACCAGAGCUGCAGAACCUUGAAGAUGAUGACGAGGAAAGCCAGAAAGAGGAAUCGCUGGAUUGUCAAAAUGGAAAGAUGUCUCGUGUUUCCAAUGAUGCUUUGUCUCCGGAUCAAGGCUCUGAUUUGGACAGAGGAAUGGUGGGACAGCCAGGGGAGUGUGUGGGAAUCUUGGGUCACGCUAACUCUCUGACUCAGGAAUCUGCUGGUAAAAAGGAGUUUAGUCUAUCUUUCCCGGAGAGUGACUCAAAGAAUAAAAAGCAAGAGGGAGAUGCCUCUGAACAUUUGACAACCUCCAAAACUGGAGAGCCAGGCUCGAUCAGUGAACAUCCUCUAACGGAACAGAAUUCUCAGGAUGAAUCAGAAGUCAGUGAAGGUAUAAAAGAUUUGUCUGGGCCAGCUUUCAGUGAAAAGCCAAUGGGUGUUUUGUUAAGUGGUCGGCUAGAAGAGAAGGUUCUUGACAUCACUGCUUUAUCUUCUGAACCUGUGAGAACAAAGAAGGAUAUAAUAGAGGAGGAGGCAGAAGAAGAGGUGGAUGAAGACAUAGAGGAAGAAGUAAGUGAGGAAGAGGUGGGACCAAGAAGAGUCUUGCCAGAGGUCACUGACAGGCAUAUUAAUCCAAGGACGGACGCUUUGGAGUCAGUGGGUGUACAUAAAAAAUUGGAAUCUUCCUUAAAUGUGAGUGAGUCCCCUAUACAUGCAGAUGUACCUUUCAAACCUCUCUUGGACCAAGCUGACAACCUUGUGGAAGACUCGCCUUAUAAACCCAAAGAGCAAGUUUCUAAGAAUGUUGUAAAAUACACUGUGUCUGAAGGAGAGACACCCAUUUUGAAAAAGGAACCAUCUAAACAGGCAGAGCAACCCAAAUUGAAAGAAGAGCUUCCAAAACAUGCAGAGGAGAUACCCAGUGUUAUUUUGGAGCAGGAGGAGAUGGAACUGAAAGAGAAACAUAAACAGAGACUGGAAGGGUUAAGAGAAACACUGAGAAAGGAGGAGGAAAAAGAGAGCUUGGAGAUACGCCAAUGCCAUGAAAAUAAACUGAGGGCAUUAGAGGAGCACCUAGAUAAGCAGACACAAGAGGAGGAGGCUGAGAUGCGAAAUGCACAGAAGCAGAGGCUUCAAAGACUUGAAAAAGAGCUUGAGAUGGAGCAAGAGAAAGAACAGGACAAGAUAAGGCUACGGAUGAAGGAGCUUGAAGAAGAACGUAAGUAUACAAUGAAACAAUUUGAGAAGUCCCAGGAAGAGAUUAUUCUGCACCAGAAAGCUGCUAUAAAAGAAAAAAUGAAGCCAGAUAUCGAGGAGUCAAUAGGAAAAGAAAAAAUGCUAUUGGAUAAGGAGAAAAAUGCUGCUCUUGAUGAAAUGAGACAGAAACUCAGACAGGAAACUAAGGAAGCAUUAGAAGAUCUUGAGAAACAGCAUGCACAGGAACUAGAAAACUUGAGAGCUGAAGCCAAGCAAACACAUCAUCAGACUGUGUCUAAACUUCAGAAUUCAAGGCUCCAGCAACAGGAAGUACAGACCUUCAGUGAGCUAAGUCUAUCCAACAAGAAAAUGUUGCAGCUGAUGGACUUUGAAAAAGAAAUGAGUGACCUGCUGCAGGAGAAACGGCAGGAGGUUCAGAGAGACCAUGAAAGGAAGUUGGACCGAUUAAAGGAGGAUCACCAGCAGGAGCUUGAGAGGGUACGAGACCAAUUUGAAGAGGAGGAGAGGACUCAACGUUCCCGAAUGCUUGAGAGUUUGCAAGAAGAACUUGAAAAGAUAAGGCGACUUCAUGAAGAAGAGCUACAGACUGAACGUCAUGAACUGCAAAGGCAACAAGAGGAGAGACGAAACAGCUACAAAGAAAAGGAAACCAAACUGCAAGACUUGGAGCAAAACCUCGAACUGAGAAGAAAGCAACUAGUGAUGAAAACCGCACAGUUAGACAGCCAGGAAGAAAAUGUGCGACAGAGGAGGGAAAAUCUGGAAAGGAAAGAGAAGGAACUUGGAAGAAGGACAGAGGAUAUGAAACGUUCUUCUCUGAACCUGAAGAUAAAGGAGGACCUAGUAGUCGAGCAGAAACAGCUUCAAGACUUAAUAGAGAAAUCACAAAACGAGUUUGAAAAAACCCAAAACAAAAAAAUUGAAUUGGAGACAGAGGUGGCACGAUUGCAGAGCCGCUACACCCAACUGUUGAAUAAAGUCAGGGAUUUAGAAGAAGAAACUGAAAAAACCAACAUUGAUUUAAAAGAAGAUACCAGAGUUGGGAUGAGUCCCAGAAUGGAUCCGGCACUCAGGCUGGAAGAUCUUACUGCAUCCACCAGUUCAGUGCAUGGAGCUUCAGUUCCACAUUUAGAUAUUCUCAGACAUGCCAUGUCUUCUGUCCAAAAGCAGGAAAAUGAUAAUGAAAUGGAUGAUAUCCGUCAUUACAUCUCCUCCCAGGGGGCCUCAAUACAAAGAGCCAAGGAUUUCCUACACCUGCAGACCCGCUCACUGUGUCACCGCCAAUCUUUACUCCAUGCAGCCAAGAAACAAUGGUGUCACAGCAUGCGAGAGACGCAGGACCCAAAGCACUCACAUCUCCUCCAGGAUGUGAAGCAGAACUUGGAAGAGGAAGCACACAGUUUAAAUGAGUUCCGGAGCACCAUGCAGAAGGGGCAGGUCUUGCUGCAAGAGAAAGAGCAGAGACUGCAGGAGCUUGAGAGUUCGCUUCUGGAAGAGAUAUCCGAUGAUGCUCUUGUUAGAGGAAGGAGAAAUAAAAAGGUGGUGACAUUUGACUUAAGCGACUCAGAUGACUCCUGCAGUAUCAUAAACAAUGAUUUGCACUCAAGUGGAGAUCUCGGGGCACAGCCUAUUCUUCCAUUUAAAGUGCACAGUCUGACAGACUCACUACGGCGCAUCACAGGAGAACUAAAUGGGGUCCUGUCUUCACUGGGGUCUCUCUCCAAUGACCCUCUCUCUACAGAGCCAGGCAUCCCUCUGUCCUCUUUCAACACUCUAACACGACUCAAUGUCCCUCAGUCCUCCGCUUGGAGCAGUAGUUUACCAUCAAGUGUACCCUCAGGACCCUCACCUUCUAAGUCAGUGGAUGCAAUCUUAAUGAAGAAAUGGCGCAAGUAUUUCCCAGGAGGAACGCCUCCAUUCAGUGAUCAACCCCAGCUGCAAGAGAAUAGAUUUGGAUAUGUUCCUGCUGGAGAGCAGGUUCGAAUGGUGCAAAACGCGGCUGUACAUCACACAGACAAACGUAGCAUUCAGGCUAUGAUUGACACCAACAAGAAGUGGCUGGCAACCUUCAGGAAUGACCCCAAAGUCCCACGCACAAGCAGGACUAUGGGAUCUUCUCCAGGACUUCUCCAGUUAGGUUUGGAUGAGAAAAACCAAAUCAAGGUGUAUCGGUACUAGUGGAACAGGAGAUGCUGAAGAGAGCAGGAUUAGCACUUUACAUACAUCCCCCUCCUGUGACACACAUUGAAGCUGUUGGACAGGUGCAGAGUCGGGUGUUUGGAACGGAAAGGGCACAGCAGAAUGUUGCGCAUUCAUUACUUUGCAAACAUAUUUACACAGUCAUUUCUCAGGUGCCUGAAUCCUUCUUGUAAAUGCCAUAUAUUUAUAUAUAUUUUUUCUACACAGAAUAAAGGGCAUAUCUUUAUUUGUGCACUAAAGCAGAAUAAUGGCAAAAUAGGUGCACCUGAAACCAAAUGCUGAACACUAACUGUGACUGAAACCAAUGAUCGUGCAAAAUAAAGCACCUGGUCCAAUGCACCCGCAGCAAUCUAAGGCUUAUAUUACACGGGGGUUGGUAACUACUACUUCUCAGUUCACAAGAAAGAGAUAAUGUCUUGAAGUGAGAGUCAAAAUAGUUGCUGGCAUUACAAGUACAGAAAGGCCCAAAAAGUCACAGGCUCAAUAUAAAGCUCCAGUCUAUGACCACUCAUAGCAGCGUUUCCAUAUUGAUAGUCUACUAAUACGCCAUGUCUUUUAGGAAAUUGUGACACCUUUUCCAGACAACUAGAGUAGCAGAUACUAAUGUGACAUUGGACAUUGCUACAGUAUACGCACACACAACAAUAGCCAAGAUGGCAGUAGACACAAUUCCACUUGACACGUGAGCGCAUGUGUUUUGCUCCACUGUAUGUUUUGUUCAAGUCACUUGUUUGCCAGUGUUUUUAUACAGUAGCGGUGACAAUCUCGUUGUGCUGGUAUUUUAUAUUUGUAUUUUUUACCUGUGUGAAGUAUAUCCGAUAGUUUUAUGAUCACAUUAAACCAACACAUUAUUAACCUUA